GGAAGGAAACAUAUGAUUCGCCUGGCGAUCGUUUCGUUUCCAUUGCUAGUGUGGUUCAGUGCCUCUUGGUAUUUGUUUUUGUGAAGGUUUUAAAUGGAAGUCGAUCCGGAAGAGCCUCAGGAGGCGAAUACAUCGUUCUACAAUGGCUAUCCACUUGACUUUGAGUACUUUAACAUGGCCCACGGCAUGCUCGUGGAUAUUAGCGAGGAGCUGCGCGAAAAGUUUCCCAAUGAAGAACACUUCAAGUUGCAGCAACUGAACACUCUUUACCUGGCCGCUCGGAGCAGCCAGAUGAUGAGAUUCGUGGAGGCUCUCAACACCUCCAACAGCAAGGCGGUGCAGACAUACCUGGUCAAUACAAAUUUCGAUCAGCCAGAUGGACAAUCGCUGACCCCGCUGACAAUGGCCGCCAUGUCGGGCAAUGUGACGUUUGUGAAGACCCUGCUCUCGCACUACGACGUGGAUCUGGAGCGGGAGUGCAACGUCAUCUUCGAUGGCCUGGUGGUGUAUGGAGCCACAGCCCUGUGGGUGGCUGCUGGCAUGGGACAUCUCCAGAUCGUAAAGAUGCUGGUCCAGGCAGGAGCGGCCAUCAAUCACAAUACCAAGGCGCAAUCAUCGCCCCUGCGAGCGGCCUGCUAUGAAGGUCGCCUGGACAUUGUCCAGUUCCUGAUAGAGCACGGAGCUGAUGUGAAUGCCACAAAUCUGUUCAACAACAAUACAUUGAUGAUUGCCGCCUACAAGGGGCACCAUCUAGUCGUGAAAACGUUGCUGUUGAACGGUUCGCGUCCCAACGAUCAGGCCUUGUGCGGAGCCACUGCUCUGCACUAUGCCGCCGAGAGCAGCAAUCUGGAUGUUGUGCUGGUUCUGCUGGAUCAUGGAGCCACAUUAAAGAAGAACGAAAUCGGCAUAACGCCCGCCCUGCAAGCAGCCGAGCGUCUGAAUGACGAUGUUGUCGAGGCGUUCAUACAGCGGCCGGACCUGAUGAGCCUGGAGGAGCGGAUCACAGCACUGGAACUGCUGGGGGCCACCUAUGCCAAUGACAAGACUAAAUACGACAUCAAUCGGGCCUAUAGCUAUCUGCUGCGGGCCAUGCAGUUGCGUUAUAGCGAUCCCCGGGGCGUGAUCCGCAAGAAGGUUCAGCCCCCAGUGCCCGCCUACGACAGUUGGUUCGAGACCGAGAACCUGCCCGAGCUGAACGCCAUCAAGCUAAACCACCACUCCAUACACAUGGAGUCGCUGGCCAUACGGGAGCGUAUUCUGGGGCGCAACAAUCCAGACGUCCCCCAGGCCAUUGUCUACCGCGGAGCUGUGAUGGCGGAUCAUGGUCGCUUCGACCAGUGCCAGAUGCUGUGGAAUUAUGCCAUCGAUCUCCGCAUGCGAAACAAUGUCUCUGUGGAUCGCGAUCUGCUGCGCUUUGCGCAAUUUUUUGCCCAGAUUCUGCGCGCUGAUAAUCACCGCCUCACCCUCGAUCACGUUCUGCCCGUGCUGACCAAGUGCCAACAGGAGAUUGAGAACAACAAGUUCAAGAUACGCCAAGCGAAGCCGAACACGUGUGCCAGUCUGCUGCAGGACCAGAACAACCAGAACUGCAUCACUGCUUUGUAUUUAAUCAAGAUUGUUACUCAGCUGGCGCGUCGCAAGAAGGACCAGGACAUCAACGAGGCGCACAUCCAGGAACUAUUCAUUGUGGUGCGCAAGUUCAUACAGAACGACACUCGUCUCAACGACGGCCAGACGCUGCUGCAUAUCGCUGUCAAUGGAGUGAUGCCUGUGGAUGAGUUCUACACGAAUGAGAUGUUCAGGUUCCCCUGCUAUGCCACUGCCCUGGUUUUGGUCCACUGCGGUGCCUCUGUGGUGGCCGUCGAUGGAGCUCGCAACACACCUCUGCACAUACUGGUGUCCAAAGUGAAUUCCUCGCAGGACCGACAGGGCGAGAUGGCGCGCAUUCUUCAGCUGUUUGUGGAGGCAGGUGCCCACUUGGAUGCAGUGAAUGCCGCGGGACAGACAGCUGCCACCGCCUGCAAGCAGGUUACCUUGGCCAACCUACUGCACGGCCAUCAGAAUGCGCACACCAGCCUCAAGUGUCUGGCGGCGCGCACCAUAGCCACACACAGGCUGAACUUCAAGGGUCUGAUACCCACGCAACUGGAGGCGUUCAUCCAAAUGCACAGCGUGCACAAAGUGCUCCCGUAGAUAGCCAAAAUAUGCCAGGAUUACUGAGUCAUUAUAGCUGUGUGUAGUCUGUACUCUGAGUGUAUUCUGAGCCAUGUUGGAACGAGCACAUUUACUUUUAUGUAUCAACAAUAUGUACAUACAUAUGUGCAGCCAUUAGCCAGCCGCCAUGCGUGUGUGUGUGUGUGUGUAUAUCGAAUUUAGCGACUUAAUUUAGCCAAAAUGAAGAAGGGAAACGUUUACGUUUUAUUUUUGUACACUUUUUAUUUAUCAAUCGCCAUUCUUAAUUUAUUUACAAUUACAAUCUGCAACAACUUUGAC